CAGGAACGAUACGGGGUGCUGUACAGUACAGUAACCUCCAUCCUUGCCCACACAGACCCUUUCCAUCCCGAUCUGGGCUCGAUCUUGGCAGCAAAGGAGCAAACAUCACGCUAUAGCGUACUGUACUGUACUUCUCUGCAUGGCUUUCUUAUGUGGCAUGUGAAGUUAACGUUGCAGGAACUCCACAUCGCGCAAAAUACAAGGGAUCAUCAAUCACAACAUCAGACGGCAGGUGCCGUUUCCUCGAGGCUGACAGUGGCAAGCAACUGGCACCGGCGGUAUCUACACAUCAACCCCAAGCUGGGUUGGAGAACCCCUUAUUCACGGUACUUACAUACACGCUAGGGGACGGUAGCAGGUUGGUCAGUACUGUAACAUCAAGUACUGUACUGUACAUACACACAAAUGCGCCUCCGGCAUCUGCACCUCCCCAGCCUGCCCGCUCGCUCAAGCUACAUCCCCUACAGCCUCGCAUCGCGCGUGCAAGAGCACCUCCGGCGCCAGCACCUCGACUUCAAGGAUGCCCCAUCAUCAUCAUCAUCAUCAUCCCAGCGUCCGCCGCCGGCCCCGACGCUGAUCUCCUUCACCCCGCGUCCCAUCUACACCCUGGGCCGGCGCCAAACGGCCCCGCUCACGCCCGAGGAGACCGCCCGCCUGACCUCGCCGCUGCAAAUCCACUCCCGGGAUGACCACCCAACGACGACACUCACCCCGGAAGUGGCCUACUCCCUGCGGGGCGGACUAACAACCUACCACGGCCCCGGACAGACGGUGCUCUGGCCGGUGCUGGACCUGCGGGCUUCAUAUCUGAGUAGUACCAGUACCCAAGGGAGAAAGAAGCCGCUCACGGUCCGCUGCUACGCGCGGCUGCUCGAGGACACGACCGUCGCGGUGCUGGCGGGACUGUUUGGGCUGCGCGCUUUCACCAGCGAUGCUGAGCCUGGGGUUUGGGUCAAGACUUCCUCCUCCUCCUCCUCCUCCUCCUCCUCCUCCCAACAAGACCAAGGAGAAGAAGAAGAAAUGGCAAAGGUUGCCGCGCUAGGCGUCCACCUCCGCAGACAUGUCAGCGCGCUCGGCACGGCGGUCAACGUCGAUUUCCCCGCCGCGGCUGAGGAGGUGCGUGAUGAGGCGAGGAACCCCUGGGCGAGGAUUGUGGCCUGCGGGUUGGAGGGUAAGACGGUGACUAGUGUCGCGGGGGAGUUGCGUGGUGGAGUGGAGGAGGUUGAUCAGAGGCUUGCUGGUCUUUUGGAGGAGGAGAACAGCGAGUAUCUGCCGGCGGGUUACGGAAGGGAGGCGGUGGUGGCGGGUGCGUGGGCGCAGGAGCUGGCGAGGAGGUUGGGGCUUGAUGGGGUUGAUGUUGUCGGCGUGGAGGAAGCGGUGCGGUUGAUGGGUGAUUUGUUGGCCGCGGCUGAACCUGGUGAAGAUGCCAGUGUCGAGCGGGAGGUGGAGUUUCUUGAAGGGGUGGUUGAGGUCCUCUCUGGCAGGACAGAGCGAGACAAGACGUCUAUUGGGAUACGGUGAUAGCAGGGGUCGCAUAUGUAUGUGCAAUACCUACUGAGUUGUCGAUGUACGUUUGAUGGAUCUAAUACCU